GAGAUGGACGAGCUGCGCUGUCUGAACUUGAAUGUAACCACUCUCACUACGUCUGUGAAGAACCAGACACCGCUGCCAGUGCUCUUCUUCAUACAUGGUGGGGGUUUUGCCGGCGGCAGCUCCAGCAUCCAGAUCGCCGACCGGGAGAUCUACGAUCCUCGGAAUGUCGUUCGGGUAGGUGCUGCGACGGGCAAGCCAGUGGUUGUCGUAACCAUCAACUACCGUGUCGGACCACUGGGAUUCCUUGCGUCGCGCGAGCUUGCUGCUUUCAACCGAAGCAACGGCGAGAUUGUGGGCAACUAUGGCCUCCACGACCAACGUCAAGCUUUGCUGUGGGUUGCGCAGUUCAUCUCCGGGUUUGGCGGAGACCCCAACAACAUUACCAUUAUGGGCGGCAGU